AGCAGCAGCAGCAACAGAGCAGCGGCAGAGGCUAGCGAGCAGCAGCAACAAAGCAAGCAGCGACAACACAACCAGCAAGCAGCCAAGCAGCGCAUGGAGCAGUAGGCGCGGGGAGAAGCGAGCAGAGCCGGGCGCGGUGUCGCGCGCGUAGACAGACUAACAACGGCGGGCACGGCUGGGGCAGCCAGAAUGCGGCCGGACGGCAGCGGCGAGCGGGGAGGCGAGGCCAUGGCCGGUGCGGGAUGGCGCGGGGCGCGGCUGGGCUAGCGGGGAGGCGCGAGCAGAGGUGCAGCAGCACGGGGCCGGGCACGGUCGAGGGGAGGCGGGGGCGCGCUUGGGUGGGGCCACGAGCGGCACGCGCGGCCAGGCCGCGGCCCGGGCUUGGCCAGGGGCGUGGGGAACGCGGCAACGGGUGGGGCACGACGCUUUGGCCUCAUGGGAGCCCCAGGAGCACGUCAGUGGCUCUGGUUCGACCCGGGGUGGACGAGGUCGACCACCACGAGCUCACCGGCGGGAGCAGAGCCACGGCCGGAACACAACGACUACCGCGAAGGAUCGAUGUGGGAACAAGGGGGCUUCAAAGGAGGAGCUCACGAGGAAUCUGUAGGGAAGGGCAGCAGGCUCGGGGAAGGCGCCGGAGUGCGGGACGGCCCUUAAACUGGUUUUGAAGGUUGAGUUUUUGAGAGCUCUGUUAGACAUGCUUUAAGAACAGUACUACUGCUCCGCUCUGCAAAAUAUCUCCCACCUUCUUCCGCAUCAGCAGCGGCAUCUUCAUCUCCAUCCCACCAGCGCGCCGUGUACAGAGCGAGCGAGGCAUGUUUGAUGGGGUGGAUCGCGGUGCCGUCGUGGCGAUCAAGCGGAUGAGGCUGUGCGCCAUGGAGGAGGAGGUGGAGGAGGGGAUGGAGGUGGACGGGGAAGAGGAGGAGGAGAGGACCGGUGGGUGGGCCUGGGGAGCGCCGGGGCUGGGGAUGGCUGGCCAGCCGGGAGAGCAGAGGGCGGCGGCGAUCGUGGUGGCAGACGCGGUGGAGCCUGACUUCCCCGUCAUCUACGUCAACGCCGCCUUCGAGGCCGCCACGGGGUACCGCGCGCACGAGGUCCUCGGCCGGAACUGCCGAUUCCUACAAUUUCGGGACCCACGUGCCCAAAGACGACAUCCCCUUGUCGAUCCAAUGGUUGUUUCAGAGAUGCGACGAUGCCUCAGUGAUGGAAUUGAAUUCCAAGGUGAACUACUAAAUUUUCGGAAAAAUGGCGCUCCACUGAAUAACCGGUUAAGGCUCAUUCCAAUGCAUGGGGAUGAUGGCGCUUUUACACACAUAAUUGCGAUCCAGUUGUUCUCUGAUGCUAACAUCGAUCCCAGCAACAUAUCUUACCCAGUAUAUAAACCACAGUCCAGCCACAGGCUCAGCAUUCAAGAUAUGAACCGGACUUCUCAUGAGCAUACUCCUAAAGUCCAAUGUUCAGAAUACUGCGCUAUCUUCAACCUCUCGGAUGAAGUUCUAGCUCAUAACAUUUUAUCUCGCCUGUCACCAAGAGAUGUAGCUUCAGUUGGCUCAGUCUGCACUAGAAUGCAUCUGCUGACCAAGAAUGAUCAUCUAAGAAAAAUGGUCUGCCAAAAUGCAUGGGGAAGAGAUGUCACUGGCAGGCUUGAGAUGAGCACCAAGAUGUUAGGAUGGGGUCGUCUUGCAAGAGAACUAACAACUCUCGAGGCAGCCUCUUGGAGGAAGUUCACAGUUGGAGGACGCGUUGAGCCAUCCCGAUGCAAUUUUAGUGCCUGUGCUGUGGGCAACCGCCUCGUCCUUUUUGGCGGGGAGGGGGUCAACAUGCAGCCUAUGAGUGACACCUUUGUGCUUAACCUGGAGGCUCCAAAGCCAGAAUGGUGCCGUGUCAAGGUUUCUGCCUCCCCACCUGGCCGCUGGGGCCACACUCUCUCAUGGCUAAAUGGCUCAUGGCUGGUAGUAUUUGGAGGCUACGGACAGCAAGGUUUGCUUAAUGAUGUCUUCGUCCUUGACCUUGAUGCUCAGACUCCCGCUUGGAGGGAGAUUGCUAGCGACGGUCCGCCACUGCCACGGUCCUGGCAUAGUUCAUGCACCCUGGACGGUUCUAAACUUCUUGUGUCGGGGCGGGGGCUUCUAAGCGACACAUUCCUGCUUGACUUGACGAAGGAGAAGCCAACAUGGAAGGAGAUCCCGACAUCCUGGUCAUCCCGCCUUGGCCAUACCUUGUCUGUUUAUGGUAAGACUAAAAUAUUUAUGUUUGGUGGAUUGGCAAAGAGUGGCUCGCUCCGACUGCGCUCCAGUGAUGCCUACAUAAUGGAUGUUGGUGAAGAGAAUCCACAAUGGAGGCAGCUGGCGACAACUGGGUUUCCAAGCGUUGUUCCUCCGCCAAGGCUUGAUCAUGUCACGGUGAGCCUGCCCUGUGGAAGGAUCAUCAUAUUUGGCGGUUCAAUCGCCGGGCUGCACUCACCCGCUGAGCUCUUCUUGCUUGAUCCGGCUGAGGAAAAGCCGACAUGGAGAAUCCUGAACGUCCCUGGGCAGCCACCCAAGUUCGCUUGGGGACACAGCACCUGCGUGGUUGGUGGCACUAGGAUCUUGGUUCUUGGUGGACACACCGGAGAGGAGUGGAUACUGAAUGAGCUUCACGAGCUCUGCCUCUCAAGCAGGCCCGAUGAAGAUGGAUGAUUAUAGGGUUCUCAUGAUUUUAGACCUUACCUUUAUUCCAUCUCUCUGUCUCUGCUUUUCUAUACAGAAAUGGGUGCAAAAGAAUCUAAAAAGAGUUUGUGGAUGAGAGUUUUAGUAUACCUCGUUGUUUUCAUAUGAUAUAAGGCUGGAAAUCCCUAUGCCACUGUUACUUUUGUUGGUUGUAAAUGCGUUAGUACCACAAUCUUCCCACUAGUAUCUGCUCAUGCGUGUAUGUGGUUUGUAUGUAUCUUGAUGCGAUUUCAGUUAGCAAUAAUUACUGUAUUGUACUACUAACUGACAGAAACAUGAAUGUAUUUUGGAG